AAGAGGCUAUCGCCUCCUCAGCAGAAACAGGUAGAAGAGGCACCGAGGACAGCCGCUGAGAUCUGGAGACUCAGACACCAAGAGAGAUGUUUCUAGUUGGGAGUCUCAUCGUCCUCUGUGGGCUGCUGGCCCAGAGCACAGCCCAGCUGGCAGGCAUGCACUUCCCCCUGGGCCAAGAUCUGCCCACGUCCAUGGGUCACUGCCGGUCCUUGCACGUGGACCAGACCCUGCCCUACUAUGGAGGGACUACAGUUGUGUCCACGUAUCCUACACACCAUCUUGAUAAAAACUUCAGAGAAGCUUUCAGACAAGGCCUGCUGUCGGGGGGCAUUCUGAACUUUCUGGAACACAUACCACUCUUGAGCCAUGUGAGACCUACAGGAAGCAAUGCUGGUGGCCUGGUUGGGGUGCUUGGAAAAGUGAUUUCAUCAAUUCCUCUCCUGAACAACAUCCUUGACAUAAAAGUCACUAAUCCCCAGUUACUGGAAAUCGGUCUUGUGCAGAGCUAUGAUUUCCACCGCCUCUAUGUUACCAUCCCGCUGGGCUUUGAUCUCAAAGUGAACACACUGGUGGUUGGAAGUCUGUUGGAGCUGUCUGUGAAGCUGGAUGUCACUGCAGAAGUCUAUGCUGUGAGAGACAUGUAUGGGAGGAGCCGUCUGGUCAUUGGUGACUGUAUUUACCCUCCUGGCAGCUUGCGUAUCUCCUUGCUUAAUAGACUUGGUCCCCUGCAAAACCUUAUAGACAGCCUCACAGACAUCUUGACUAGAGUCAUCCCUGGCCUGGUGCAGGGUGUGGUGUGUCCUCUGGUCAAUGGGGUUCUCAGCCUCUUGGAUGUCAGCCUAGCACAUGAUGUUGCUGACGUGCUGCUGCGUGGAGUACAAUUUGUCAUUAAGGCCUAAGCCUUCCAAGAAAGGACCUGUCUCUGCUGCGAUGAACCAUUUCUUGCUGCUCUGCUCACUCCCUCCUGCCCAGCUUGCAUGGCUCACAGAAGGGAGCCCCAUGUCCUGAAAAAUAUGGCAUGACCAUCUUCUCAAGGAAACCUCUCUCCUCCUUUCUCAGGCUUGAUGGAUAACCCAUGUUCAUCUCUAAAUAAAAUGGUUCUUCUACA